AUGGAGACAUCCACUACUGUAUUUAUAGCUACUCUUGCAUUGGGCUUCAUUGUGUUAAGGUGGCUUAUAGCUCCCAUCCCGCCCCAUUUGCCUGCGGAGGUCCACGGUAGUUCAGGCUCAUCAUCGACAUCUUCUUCUGCGCGUCGAACCAAUGCCGGCAAUAGAAGACCAGUGACUCAGAGCAUGAUUGAGGUUGUUCAAACAGUUGCACCCCAGUUAACUGUCGGACAAAUUCGGAUGGACUUGGAAAGAACCGGAUCCGUGGAGUUGACCCUCGAAAGAUUCAUGGAGAAUGGAUCUUUGCCAUUCCCUGCGGGAGAAGACCCUUCCACCGCUGGCGUUAACUCCGAUACAGAUAGUCAUAACAGGAAGCCAGGAAAACCCUCGGAAAUAAACUUGCUAGAGAGAUACGCCAUUGAUCCUGAAGAUGAGAUCGAUGAAGAUGAUGUAGCGGCAGCUAAAGAUGGGUAUUCCUUAAUGGCCCAAAGGAAAAAGUAUAUGAUCUUAAAUGCCAGAAAGAGAAUGCAACAACAACAACUGCUUGCCGAAUCUAUAUAA